AUGUACCCGCGUCCAGACUUCUUCGAGGGUGCCCGUCUCAACUUUGCCGAGAACCUGCUCUUCCCCGCCAACGUCACCGUCGACCCCACAGCCGUAGCGACCAUCACCACCACCGAACUCGGCCCCUCCGUCUCCACAACCUGGGCCGAGCUCCGUGAUGCUGUCCGCCGCUGCUCUGCCGGUCUCCGAGCCCGCGGUGUCCGGCCCGACGACAUCGUUGCUGGCUUCGUAUCUAACCAUGUACAGGCUAUCAUCGCCGCUCUCGCUGCUGCUUCCGUUGGAGCCAUCUGGACCGGCAUCAGCCCCGACAACGGUGUGAGCGCCGUGCUUGACCGCCUGGCCCAGAUCGGACCCAAGGUCCUCUUUGCCGACAACGGUACCGUGUACAACGGCAAGGAGUGGAGCAGCACCGACAAGACGGAGGAGAUUGUCAGGGCUCUGAUGCGGAACGGGCUCGAGCUAGUUGUUGUCAUCAACAAUGUUGGCUGUGAUCUUGCCAUUGACGGCCUGACGGCCACGGGCGUUGUCGCAGAGGAAUACGAGUCCUUUCUGCAAAGCGCCCCUGACGAGCCUCUCAAGUUCGAGCAGCUUCCCCCCUCUCAUCCCCUCUACAUUCUCUACUCCAGCGGCACGACGGGCCUGCCCAAAGCAAUUGUGCACACAGCCCUGGGCACUCUCAUCCAGCAUAAGAAGGAACACGCCCUGCACGGCUCCCUCACCUCGUCCUCGCGCAUGCUUUACUACACGACCACCUCAUGGAUGAUGUGGCACUGGUCCGUCUCCGCCCUUGCCGUCGGCGCUACUCUCGUCCUCUACUCCGGCUCCCCCUUCAAGCCCCACGGCCACCUAUCGCUCCCGCGGCUCCUCUCUGACCUCCGCGUAACCCACUUCGGCACUUCCGCUGCUUACCUCACCGCCCUCGAAGCAAACGCCGUGUACCCCGUCAACGAGCCCGGCAUCGACCUCUCACCCCUCGAGGCGAUCUACUCAACCGCCAGCCCCCUGCCGCCCUCCACCUUCUCCUUUGUCUACAAGGCCUUCCCGUCCAAGGUCAACCUCGCCUCGAUCACCGGCGGAACCGACAUCAUCUCCCUCUUUGGCGCCCCCUGCCCUCUGCUCCCCGUCCGCGUCGGCGAAAUCCAAUGCGCGGGCCUCGGCAUGGCCAUCCGCGCCGUGGACUCCCUCUCGGGUGAAUCCCUCCCCGACCCAUCCCACCCAGGCGACCUCAUCUGCACGGCCCCCUUUCCCUGCCAGCCCCUGACCUUCUUCGGUACCGGAGGUGACGCGAAGUACCAGGCGGCCUACUUUGAACGCUUCUCCGACGUCUGCGGUGUCAAGGGCGCCGUCUGGCACCACGGCGACUUCGUGAAAAUCCCGAACCCGGCGACGGGAUCGCUUGUGAUGCUUGGCCGCUCCGACGGUGUCCUCAAGCCCGCGGGCGUGCGUUUUGGCAGCGCAGAGAUCUACAACAUCCUCACGCGCUUCUUCGCUGCCGAGGUCGAGGACGCCGUCUGCGUCGGUCGGAGACGCGCCACCGACGCCGACGAGACGGUGUGUCUCUUCGUCGUGCCCGCCGCGGGACACCAGUUCGAUGACGAGCUGCGGGCCAAGAUCAAGAGCGUUAUCCGGAGAGAGCUGAGUCCGAGACACGUUCCUGGUGUUGUCGAGGAGUGUGGUGGCGGCAUCCCGAAGACGGGCAACGGGAAGAAGAUCGAGGUGGCGGUCAAGCAGAUCCUCUCCGGCAUGGACGUCAAGACGAACGCGAGCGUCGCCAACCCCGAGGCCUUGGAGUGGUUCCGCGCGUGGGCCACGACGCAUUAA